AAUAAAAACAGCACGACUUUGAUUAGUUCUCUCAAAGUGUAAAACAAAUUGCUUUGCUUACUUUUAAACUGAAGAGGAUUGCCAGAAGGUAGCUAAAGCAAUCAUGUCAAGUAAAGGUUUUCAGGGAAUCAAACAACAGGCAGAGGGAGCGGCACAAGAUGCUGCAAAUGCACUGGGCCAAGCUGCACAAGAUGCAGUGAAUCAAGCUACCAACACAAGUCAAAAAGCAAUGGAUUACGUUUGCAAGACAGCUCAAGAUGGUGCUGAGAAAGCAACUGCUCAAGCAACUGAAGCAAUGUCUGCCUUUGGAAAAAAAUGUUCAUUUAAGAAAUGAUGUAAUAUAAGCAAAAGAUAUCAGCUAUUGUAAAACCUAUGUUUGCUCUACUGUUCAAAGUUUGUGUUGAAAAGUGAAAAUUAUUUGAGAUUAUGGAUAAUUUAGACUGUUUAAACUUAAUUAAAAAACAUCAUGCAGAAUGCCCCACUCUAACAUUUAAAAAUAAUCCUGUGUAUUAUAUUCAUAAUCUCUUAUUCAAUAGGGAUCAUUAAAGUUCUAAUAUGACUUAA